AUGAAAAAAGGUGAAAGCUCUGUCGUGUUUGAUGAAACAAAUGAAGUUUUAGCGAUUCGAUGGAAAGACAAUGCACUUGUAACUGUUUUCACAAACCAUGGAACAAUCGAACCAUUUGCAAAUGCAAGACGCUACGAUGGCAAAGAAAAAGCGUAUACUAAUAACAAAAUUCCAAACACAAUUGCACAAUACAAUAAGCAUAUGGGUGGCGUGGACUUGCACGAUAACGCUUUGGCAAAUUACCGCAUUGCAUUGCGAUCAAAGAAAUGGUGGUGGCCCUUGUUUACGAAUUUACUUGGUAACAUGAUGGUUAAUGCUUGA